CUCUGCCACCGGUCGGCACGUGCAGUGUGAAAACCGAGCGCACCUCUCUCGCGCGUCUACAGGAAGUCAGAAAACAGGAAAAAAAAAUCUCGAGUGAAGUAGGGAAAAGUUCCGGUAUAGUUUAUGAAAGAUGAGCAGAAUUUAUCACAACACGAUUUUACAGAACAAACCGGUACACAAUGAGAAACUUGAGCGCGCGUGGUCUCCCUCUGUGUAUGAAAGUGGCCAGGGGGUUCUUCUAGAAGGGAAGCUGCUGGAUGUUUCCAGACAUGCCAUCAGUGAUGACAGUAAUCAAAAGGUCCGUUUCUACGUGCUCUACAUCAAACCCAGCCGCAUCCACCGGAGGAAGUUUGACGCCAGCGGGAAGGAGAUUGAGCCCAACUUCAGUGACACCAAGAAGGUCAACACCGGCUACCUUAUGUCCUCCUUCAAGGUGGAAGCCAAAGGGGAGUCCGAUCGUCUGUCUGAGGAGCAGCUGUCAGCGACGGUGAACAAGGCUGAGCUGCUGAAGAUAACCGACAAGCACCGACCCAGCGGGACCUUGGCCUUCUGGUACCCAGAGUCCCAGAUGGACCAGACGGAGCUGGAGACGGGACAGGAUGUACGGCUGAAGACCAGAGGAGACAGUCCUUUUAUCUUCUCCUUAUCCAAAGUGGACGGUGGCACGGUGACCAGGUGUAACUUUGCUGGAGAUGAAAAGGCCGGAGCAUCAUGGACGGACAAGAUUCUGUCCAACAAAGCAGACGCAGUCAGCACCCAGAAGGCCGAAGGGGACGGAGAGGGAGCUGGGGAGGAUGAAUGGGACGACUGAGGGAAGCGUCUCUCCACCCAUCAGCCCUCGACCUCUUGCAGUCUUCAGAUUGAAACCUGAAAUUUCGACCGCAGUCUCUUAAUCUCUUCCAUGUGUGCGGCCUCGGGGCUGGAAACCUCGCGUCACUGGACUCUCCCAGCUCCAGAGUGGAUCUGGGGAUCUGCUAUGAUGCACAGCGUUUUAUACUUUGGAUUCUUUCUUGGUUUAUUCUUCUUCUCUCUCCUGUUUGUUUCCAGGUUAAAUCCAGAAUGCAUACGCAGGAUUUUCUGCACAGCCUGGUAAUACUUAGUCCCAAAUAUCUGUUGUUUUCCAGCACACCUGAUGAACUGGGUUUAAAGUCCUUUACAGAUAGCCUUACUGUAUUUGAAGUGUGUCUCUGAAGAGCUUUGUUUCUAUAAGCCCAUAUACUGGUUUAGUUGUGUUACAACUGAACAGUGGUGGAAAGUUUAUUUUCCUAAGUACAAUUUUAAGGUACCUGUACUUAACUUUAGUAUUUUUAUUUUCUGCUAUUCAGUGUUUUUUUACAUUUGCACGCACGCACACGUGUAUGUAAUUGCAUUUCCUAUUAUUAUGGUCAUCUAGUUAUAUAUAUAUAUAUAUAUAUAUAUAUAUAAAAGUCAGUAAAUAUGACCUGUAUUAUUCAUGAACAGGAUUAAAAGACUCAUAUUGAACACAUGUUGGUUUUAUUAUUAAAAAAUAACAUUUUUUAGCAACAUACAAGAAUAAUUUGGUUCCUUGAUUACAACAUAUAUAAUACACGUAUAGACAUGUUCCUACAAGAAAUAGAGGGAUUUCUGUCAUUUGGCUCCAAUUUGUGCAAAACACUGGUGAAUAUGAGUUGCUCCACGUCACUCAUAAUACAUAUUUGCUAAUAAUUUUCUAAUAGACAACAGCAACAAAAAAAAAAAAGAUUUCAUUAUUUAUUCUUUUAAACAUUUGCAACAGUGGAGUAAAAAUCUGGUUAAUCUGACUUGUCAAAGAAUAUACUGUAUAAAUAAUUUAUAUACAUAAAACAUUGCUGUGUCUUCACUUUGGUGCCACACGUCUCAUGAACUUUCAGCACUGUAGUCCGUAUUAGUAUUAUAUAUUAAAGGAAAUUAAAUGAAAAAGUAAUUUUCUUUUUAAAA